CUUCAGAUUACAUCUAAUUUGCACCAGCAACCAUAAAUAUAUUUAACGCUUUUUUAAUAUGUUAAAAAAAGAAGAAAAAAUGGCAGCAUCAGAGAGUAGGAGUACACGCAAGCGCAUUAUCAGAUUUUUAAACUUGGGAUUAAGUGAAAGACGUCCAAUUUCUGGUAAAGAUAUACAUAAAGCAGCGAACGAUACUGGAAGUCAGGCCAAAUCAUUUAUUCAAUCAAUUUUCCGUGAUAUUAGUAAAACAUCGGCUACUAAACAGAUUAUUUUAGGAGCUUCUUCGGGAUGGAUAACUGGAUUUGUAUCUAUGAAAGUAGGAAAAACUCUUGCUCUUGCUUUAGGUGGUGGUAUAAUACUCCUACAAGUUGCUAAUGAAAAGGGAUAUAUUAGGAUAAAUUGGAAUAAAGUUAAUAAGAAAUUGGACAAAGUAGUUGAUAAAGUGGAGGAACAAAUUACUGGUGAAACUUCAUCUUGGACAGAUAAAGUAAUGAACUUUGCCAGAAAUAACACCCCCUUCUCUUCUGGACUCAUUGGUGGCUUUCUAAUUGGUUUAGCAUCACAUUAGAAAAAAUAUUUACUUUCCAACAUCUUACUAAGGAUCAUGGCUGUAUCGUUUCUUCAAGAAAAUUUAGAUUAAAAUAUUUGUAUAGGUGAUCAAAAAAUUUUCUAUGUAACCAGCCUAAAAUGCAAAAUUUUCUUUUCUAUUAUAAUUAAAUUUCAAUUCCACGAAUCUUAUUAGAAAAAGACGUUAACUUUAAUUCAUAGCAGUAUAGAUAUAUUUUUUCAAUUUCUAUAUGAAAUUAAAUAUGUUCUUCCUGAAGAUGGUGAAUUUUUACAGGCCGAAAGAUUUCUUGAUAGAAAACUAGAUCAAGCAGAAGAAGUUAUUAGAAAAGGCAAAAGUAAAGCAAAUAAAUGGUAUUCAGAUAGUAAUUAUCAAGUAAAAGAGAUUCAUAUAUUCCUAGUCUCUUUUAUAGCUGGAGUUGCUAUAGGAAUAGCCACUUCUUAAAUUCACAUAUAUUUAUAUUAUAAUCAUCGUUAAUCCUAUUAUAUUCUAAUAAAAGAAAUACAAUAUCAUCACUUAUUAAAUUAGUUUAGAUCUGUGUUAUUAUUUAUAUUAACUGUAUUAUUCUAUUGAGGCUUGUUUAAUUAAUAAAAUAACUAUAUUGUUAAGACCAACUUUUAUUCAAUAUUGAAUUCAAACAUAAUGUACAGGAUUAUUUGAUAGGAAUGUUUCAAAUAAAAGUUGUAUGGUUAUAAUGUUAUACCUUAGAGUACAAAUUUUAGAGUAAAUGGAAAAAUAUAAAUAGUUUUCUAUAUAUUUUUACUGUCGUGAAUUUUUAUCUAAAACUUUUUUUCUAAUAGUUAUUAACACAUUGACUGAUAUAGCCUUCCUGCUCACCGGAAUAUGCCUGCUAUAGCCGCCAUAUUUUUAUAGGCUUAUAAGUAUAUGAGACCCAUUAUAGGUGUCCCAUCAGGCAAGUCGUAUUAUGUGUUACAGCCCUUCAUAGCCUCUAAAUAAAAUAUUCUUCUGGAAGAAACAUAACCUACAUUUACUCGCAUUUUUAUGUUAUUAUAGUCAAUAAAGGGGUUCAGAUCGUUUAGUCCGCUCGUUUUUAUCUAUG